UUACGUGUUUUCGGUAAUGAAUUGUUCAGAUUGUCUGCGAGCGUUGCUCCAAGGGCAAGACCCGUUUUUCCCCGAAAUAAUCUACAUUUCCCUGUGGGUCUCGUGCGCGGGCUCCUCCACCGGGGUAACGCCUCGGAACGCUUGGACGCCGGCGCCACCGUGUACCUGGCUGCCGUGCUGGAGUACCUGACGGGCGAGAUCCUGGAGCUGGCUGGCAACGCCGCCCGCGACAAGAAUAAACGCAUCAUUUCGCAGGGCAAAGUCCUGCCCUACAUACAGGCGUUGCUGCUGCUCAAGAGGAUCCAGGGCCACCACAAGGCCAAGGAAAAAUAGAACCAAAGACCAAAGUCGGGAGUUAGCACCAACAUAUGUAAAGACUCACUUACUUUCCACAAAACAAUGUGAUUAAUAGGGUACCUUGAGUAUCCUGCUUUUAAUACAUGAUUAUUGAAAAGGCAUGUUGCACUCCAACGUAA